CAAGGAAGCGAAGGAGGCGACAGAGCAGGAGAAACGGGGGGAAGAGGCAGGUACACUAAGUCAGUUCAGGUGUUGGUCUUGUUGGCUCAACGUCACUCUGGGUGAGACAGCUCUCUGGCGACAUAUAUCUAAUGUCCCAAAACUAUUUCCCAUCAUCCGACAGUCCACAAGCCAUCUCUGGUUAUUAUCAGUUGAUGAAAAAUGGCAUCCAUAACUACUAAUUCACAGUGUGUAUUGGAUCAGUAUGUUAAGGAGGUGUCUGACUUCAGUUCCCAAUAUGGUAGUGAUGGUUCCAUAUCAUAUGUUGCAAAUAAUGUCAUCGGGAAACCAGCACUUUAUCCCGAGUAUGGGGACUUUUCAGCAGCAUAUUGUAUGAGGAGUUAUGGCAAGUGGUGGACAAAGUGUGAAUCAUCCACCCACCCUAUCGAUGAUCCUCGUCCAUUGUUACCUCCAAGUGUCGAUUUCAUUGAUGUGAGAUAUGAAAUUGCAGUGUAUCCUAUCAGGAUUGAUUUCUAUGAAACCUACAAUCCUGGUAGUGUGGUACGAGUAUGGGGUUCCCUAGAAGGGCAAGGUUGGGUGCUCUUAUGGUCAGGAGAGGCACAGCUUGGCUUACGCCAAGUUGCACGCAUUUUUUCCCCGCCAGUUAUACAAGCUGAUAAACCUGUUAAUUUGCUGAGAAUAGAAUUUGAUCAGCAUAGCCACAGUUACUAUUCUGCACUUGAUGCCAUCCUCUUAGUGGGAUCUACACACACAUCUAGUAAACAGCAUUUGACCUUUCAAGAAACCAUCACUUCACAGAUCAUGAAACUAGGUCUGCACAACAUAGCGAGUGAAGAAGAAAUCCUUUCCGGCGUGCAGUUCCUUUUGUCCGAAGAGAACUUGCUGAGGAUGGUGGCUGAGGAAUGUGAGAGCAAGGAAGUAGAACCCCUGAGAGAAGAGAAGGCAGAAUUCAUAGAUGAAUGUGAGACUGAGUCCAGCACAAAAGAAGUCAUUAACGAUGAACUAAUCGAGAGCAAAUUCGAGGACUCGGGGGAUGAGGGUACAAGUGGAGGUUACUUUGACAUGUUGCCUGAGGAACUCAUUAUUCACAUUUUAAAAGAACUGGAUAUAAGAAGCCUGUGUCGCUUGGCCCACACCUGCAAGCUGCUUCAGAAAUACACCUCAGAUCCCUUCCUGUAUAUUAGACUGAAUCUCAAGAACUGUUGGUGGUUGGUGAGCAAUGCCACCCUAGAAUGUCUUUCAUCAAGAUGCCUGCUCCUGCAGUCACUUGACCUUUCAUGGUGUGGUCCAUACAAUGCUCUUGACACAGAAACAUUCAUGGAAUUCAUCCACACAUGUGGAAGACAGCUCACCAUAUUGCGUCUCAAUAACUGUCACUUCAUUGAUAAUUAUUGCCUGUAUAUGAUUGCUAAUGUCUGUCUCAGUCUGGAAGAAUUGAGCAUGGCCAACUGCUCCAAAGUCGAUCAUCUUGGUUUCGGGGAGUUGAAGAAAGCCAGGUGUUUAAGUCGACUGGAUUUGUCUCGAACACGCAUCGAUUUCCACACCCUACAGCUGUUGCUACAGCAUGCUGGUCAACUUCGCCAUCUUAGUCUGAAUAAUUGCACUCAGCUUGAUAUGGAUGAGGUUGCACUGACGCUAGCUACCUUUAGCCGUGACCUAAUAUCACUUGGUGCAUGGAAGACACAUGGUCUCACAGCCAGAGGUCUUCGUGCUCUGGCUUGCAUUCCAACACUCCAGGAUCUUGACUUGGGUUGGGCGUUGUCAGGAGUUAUAACUGAUGGUCUUGGUGAGUUGGUACGAGGAUGUCGAGGAUUAAAACGAUUAUAUCUUACUGCAUUGAGAACACUAACAGACCAUGACCUACAUCACUUAAUGACACACUCUCAUGAACUUGCACAGCUUGACAUCAUGGGCACAAGAAAUGUUACUCCGGAAGCUGUGCACAGGUUGUUGCAGAGCUGCCAACACUUGGAAUUACUUGAUGUCAGUUUUUGUGAACAAAUUCAUAUUACAUACAUACACCAGUGGAAUUCACAGUUUCCAAAAGUUGCCAUCAAAGGGGGACUGAAGCACCAAGUUCGUAUUGUGUGAAAAGGACAUCUCAGGGGAAGAAUAUAUGUAGACUUUAUUAUUACAAAAAAAUUGUCUCAUAUUUAUUCAGUGUGAUUUAAAUAUUGAAUGAUAACUGAGCAAAUAUUGGUAUUCCUUAAACAGUCAGAGAAUGAAUUAUCAUUGGAAUUUUGAUUAUGAAUAAGGAACCAUAAGCAUUACAUUCGAGACCUUGAUACUCUUAUCUGAUAUACAAAAUAAUCUGAAGUUGUGGUACGAAGUUAAUACAUGUAAAUUCUUGGUUUACCCUGCCUGUUUGCAGUAUUUUGGUUUAACAUGAUUUUUUUCAUAGCUCUUGGAACACAUCUUGUGCCUUCCACCCCUCUAGUCCCUCCUAUGCAGCAUUUAUUGUGGUCAUUGCCCACUCCCUCUUUGACAUUUGUGCUCCUCUUAUCCACCUCAAAAACGGCUAUCAGGACAUUAAUGAAAACGGCAAGAGGAAAAGAUAGCACAAUCUACAAAACUUAGUUCUAUAAUUGAUUUAGCAAUUUAUUUAAAGGGGUUUUACUUUACUAAAUUCAAUUAUUUAUGUGUAUUUUGAGAGUCAUGAAGUCUGGGCAGGAGGUAGGGGUACAUAUUUUUCUUGUUCUCCUUAUGGGAGUAAUUGUCAUUUCUGAUAUUUGAUUUUACAGGACAGAUUCAGAAAUGGGACUCUACUGUAAAUCUAGAAUUACAUGUUUUAGCUUCAUGACCAAAUAACUUUUCUUCUUCUUCUUCUCCUUUAAUAUUAUUUCACAAUGUUUCUCAAAAACUUAAUUAUGGGGUUGUAUUAUCUGAAUAGUUAUUCAUGCCCUGGGAUAUUUAAUAAUUAUCUUUGUUGAUAUUAUUAUAUAAUGCGUUUGUUUGAUUUUCUGAUCUUGACCUUCGCUAUGAAGAGUAGAUGUGUGUCAUAUCUCCAGAUAUAUGUUUAGUCAGAUUAAGGACUAAAUAUUAGCAGAGCACAUUUUGGAAUAUGUAGCAACUGUAACAUGGUAACUCCUUUAAUGAUAUUUCUUUUACAUAGGAGAAAUAGUCAAGACAGUGUAUUUAGUGGUAUGCAUUAUUUGUUUUCAUUUAUUUAAUAUUAGAAGAAGAAGCCUAUGUUAAAGAGUGUAUUGUAAUGUCACCUUCAAUAUUCAAUCACAGUUCUUGCAUAGAUCUGUUUUCAUGGUUUUUUUGGGGAAUAAGGAAUCCACUGUUUACAUAUCGGUACAUUACAGAGUAGUACAAUAGUUUACUGUGCAUUCCAGAGAAGACAUUUUGGGGACAUAUUCCUCUAGGAGAGAGAAUCCUAGGGUUCUAGUCAUUAGACAAUAAAGAUAUUGACUUUU